CCGGAGAUUGGAAAUUAAUAAUAUUGAAUCCUCAAAGUAGUCCACGUCCAGUUAGAGAGGCAGAAAGUCGAGGAACAAAAAAAAAAAAAAAGAAAGAAAGAAGAAGAAGCACAAAGGUGUGGUUGGUUGACACAGACGGGAAGGAGAUUUACUGAGAAGGAGAUUGAAAAGAGACCGAUAAAGAAGUGGGGAGAGUUGGAGAGAGGGUUACAAGCAAGGUAUGAAUUCUUAUUUCGCAAACCCGUCGCUCUCCUGCCAUUUAUCCGGUGGUCAAGAUGUUUUGCCUAACGUACCCCUAAACUCCACCACCUAUGACACAGUCAGACAUUUUUCGUCGUACGGUGCCGCUGUGACCCAGAAUCGGAUAUAUACACCUUUCUACUCUCCUCAAGAUAAUGUCGUUUUUGGGUCUGGCAGGGCACAGUAUGAGUAUGGAUCAAACGUGUUUCUUCAAGACAAGGACGUGCUCCCCAGCUGCAGACAAACAAACAUGGGACUCAAUACACAAAGCCACAUUGCUCAAGAGUACAGUUUGGAUCAAGGAAGAGCAGGAGCGCAGGAGCAGAAAAGCAACAUCCCGAUCUACCCGUGGAUGCAGCGAAUGAACUCACACAGCGCAGGAGUGGGCUACGGGACAGACCGACGCAGAGGACGUCAAAUAUACUCUCGUUACCAAACGCUUGAGCUGGAGAAGGAGUUUCAUUUCAACCGCUACCUGACCAGGCGCAGACGCAUCGAAAUCGCAAACGCGCUUUGUUUAACAGAGCGGCAGAUCAAAAUCUGGUUUCAGAACCGACGCAUGAAAUGGAAGAAAGAGAGCAACCUGACCUCCACGGUGACUGGAAGUGAACAGACAGGAGCCUCUCCAGAGGAGGAACGCAGUGGCGCAAUAGAAGAAGGAAAGGAUGAGGACAAGAAGAAAGAAUAGUUAAUUAAAAAAAAAAGAA